GACACGACUCCCUGAGUGCGUUGAUUGGUAACUUACGUCUGUACGUGUAGGCCCUACCCUGCAGGACCGGGAACACCGAGGUACUCUUUCUGGGCUUGAAUCAUAUGGGGGCUUGGUCGCUCGGUGUGGAAAUCGGAAGAACCUUUCCUUGCCAAAAGUUGUUGUCUAAAGCAAACUUGCUGGUCUGCAUCAUAUCUUAUCCUCAACAAUUCAAAAGCUAUGGCGGAAUUGCCGUCGAGUGUGAAGAGGAAGGGUCACUUCGCUGCUCUGAUUCUAGCGAGGGGUGGAAGCAAGGGGAUCAAGUUAAAGAACAUCAAGUUACUUGCUGGUCAACCGCUGAUUUCCUGGGUUCUGAGAGCAGCCAUAGAUUCAGAAGAGUUUGAUAGUGUGUGGGUUUCCACAGACCAUGAUGAGAUAGCUCGUAUCUCGGAGGAGUGGGGUGCAAAAGUUCACCGCAGGUCUGCUGAAGUAUCGCAUGAUGCCUCCACAUCCAUUGAGACUGUCCAGGAGUUUUUGAAAUAUCAUCCAGAGGUUGAAUUAGUUGGGCAGAUUCAGUGUACAUCACCCUGUCUUCAACCGUGGCAUUUACAGGGCCCUGCCCGCAUGAUCAGGAAUGAAGGCUACGAUUCAGUAUUUGCUGUCUCGCGCAAUCACCUCCUUCGAUGGAAGGAAGUCAAAAAAGCAGGUGAGCAGACCGAGGCAGAAAAUUUCAAUCCAGCCAGGAGGCCACGGCGCCAGGACUGGUCGGGCCAACUCUGUGAGAAUGGAUCGUUUUAUUUUGCAACUCGGGAACUACUUGAAAGUGGGCUCUUCCAGGGAGGGAGGAUCGGCUACUUUGAGAUGGGUCCUGAGUACAGUAUCGACAUUGACACAGACAUUGACUGGCCAAUUGCAGAACAGCGGGUCAUCAAGUUCGGUUACUUUGGCAAGAAAAAGCCUCAUGGGGCACGGCUUGUAGUCUUUGCAGCUGAUGGUGUUCUCACGGAUAAUAUGCUACACAUCACCUCUGCUGGUGAGGAGUUCCGCUCAUACAACUUCAGCGAUUCCAUCGGGAUCAAGUCAUUGAUAGCAAAGGGAAUGACUGUACGGAUUCUUAGUUGCGAAGAGAACGUGACUCACCAAAAGUUUGCAGACAAACUAAACCUUCACCUGACCAUGGGGUGUCAGGACAAAGUGGCUGUUUUGGAACAGUGGAAGAAAGAAUUGGGGCUGGACUGGACAGACAUUGCCAUCAUGGGCUGCGAUGCACCCGACAUUGAGUGCCUCAAACGCUGCGGGGUCAGCGGAUGUCCGGCUGAUGCCCAAACCCCUGUCCAGACUGCCGUCCACUUUGUCUCCAAGCUGGCCGGCGGCCGGGGUGCGGCCAGAGACUUCUGCGAAUACCUUCUCCUCAUCAACGAGAAAGCCAAGUCGGCACUGGAGCAAGAAAGGUGUGCCACGCCUAAAUAGUUGGCUCCUCGCACGAAGCCUGGAGGCUGUACUGGAUUUUUCUGAAUGGUGAACAUGAAAUGAUAACAAUGCAGUUAUCAUGGAUUUCUCUUUGAUUUAAUGGUACAGUGUAACAAAACAUGUUCAAAUUCCAUUAGUCAAAUAGAACGAGUCUUAUUUGAUUACAACUCACUGAAAUGAUUUUAGCAUCAAAAAUGGCAUAUGUUUUAGUAAACAGGAUGCCAGAGCCUCUUGCAGUGGCUUGUUGGCCGAAUUUCAAGUUAUAGACAGAGGUAGUUACAAACUUUAUAGUGUACGUCAUUCCUCAGUGUGAGGAAUGAUAUGUUUGUGUCAGCUGAAAACUUGAUUAACUUGCUCUGUGAGCAUUGGUUGACCAGUGACUAAUUUAUGACACCUUUCCAUGUGAACGGUGCUUAAACUAGUCAGUUUGAGUUGACCUGAGGUCACAAACCUUCAUGGUUGUGGGAUCUUACAGUGUAUUGUAUAGUACACAAUGUGGCAACUAACUUCAGUAAGCCUGUCUGAUGAGAUUGAUAGGAUCAGCCCAGCUUGCCCUAAAAUGAAUGAAUACAUGAUUGAACACAGGUGUUCUUCGGUCAGCCAUUGAUCUUAUGGGAAUUUAGUGAUUGACUUGAUUUUUUUUUAAUUACUGUAUUCAGAGAUGAAAUAUAGGAACUGCAACAUCACUGAAAUGACUAGCUGUUCUCGAUUGUGUUUUAUCUUUUACGGGCCAUGUAAGCAAGACCUUUCAUUUUUUUUUCCCAUUAAGUUACCAGAGCAUCAUACUAAGCUGAUGUAAGACACAUGUGCCAUCUAACUGUGUGCCUGUGGAAGUGAGUUUUCUGGUCCCGCGACUUUCACAGCUCGUUGCUAGGCAACAGUGGUGGAAAUAGUAUACCCAGUAAAAUUGCCUGUAAGCUUUGGGCUGGCCUGUGUACUAUUCAUAGGCGUUGUUGUAAACCAAUGCUGCUACUGUGCAACAGCCAUUAACAUUUUAGGCUUGUCUUGGAAUGUUGGCAUGUAUUAUUUUUUAAGUGUAGCAAGAAUUACAUUAUAACCCAUUCCUGUCUGUGGCUCAAGUACAGGAUUUCAACAUUGGUAAUUAGCAAGAGAAAAAAAUGAAACAUUCCAAAUGUAUGUCUAUUUGAAUUCCAGUUUGGAUGCUCAUCUACCUGAACAGCAUAAAGAUUGCUCAGAGAAGUCUUUUGAAGCAUUUGAAAAUUAACAGGAAACUUGAAAACACAUUUGGAAAGACUAUGCUAACUCUGAAUGUGCUGCCGAUUGGUAACAUAGUGCUUUAUCUUUAAUCUCCAUCAGAUUGUUUGCUAAAUCAAGUAGGUUUGUCCUGAAAAGGACAUUUUUAUUGACAUAAUGUCUUCAUUUAGUAAGGUGGAAGUAUUUUUUCAUCAUAAACCUGCAAUAUAACAGUCUGUUUGAAGGAAUAAUUGUUCCCUUUGUAUAAGCUUUAUUCAGUUGUAUAUUUUUCAAGCAUUCAAAGGGAGAAUAUAAAACAUGACCUAAUUAAAAUUGCAGACGUGGUAGUAGUUUU